AUGUCUGCUAUCCAAGGCCAGCUCGAUCGCGGCGCCGUGCCCAAUCACGUUUCCAAUGUCUGUCCCAAGGGCACCAAGUUUCACAUCCUCGAGGUAGGCUGGCUCGAGUGUGAUGAAGCAUUUGUCGUGCGUGGCGGCAACACCAGUCUGAAGAGCACCGAAAACAAAUCCUUUGUCAACAAACGGAGGGAGCUGCCUGUAUUCUGCAUCCUUAUCGAACACCCACAUGAAGGUCUCAUCUUGUGGGAGACAGGUUGUGGGAAGGAUUACCCCGAGAUCUGGGGCCCUGUGGUGUCCGAUGUGUUUUCUCGCGUGCGCUAUGACCCUCAACAUGAACUCAAGGUAGCGGUUGAGGCCACAGGAAACAAGCUCGAGGAUAUCAAGAAGAUCAUCAUCGGUCAUCUGCAUCUUGACCAUGCGGGAGGUUUGGACGAGUUCCUUGACAGAAAGGACGUCGAGAUUUGGGUCCACGAUAGGGAGCUCAGGGCAGCUUUCUGGUCCGUUGCCACAGGCGCAGACGUGGGCGUCUAUCUGGAACAUUACCUCAAACUGAGCUUGAACUGGAAGACUUUCGAUGAGCGAACGUUCGAUUUCUGCCAGGGCAUCACCCUGCAUCACCUGCCAGGCCAUACUGACGGAUUGAUUGGGAUGCAGAUCAACAUGCCGGAGAGUGGCACGUUCUUCUUCAUCAGUGACCACUGCCACGUAAUUGAAAAUUGGCGCGAUGGUAUCCCACAAGGUUGGCUUGCUAGAGAUCAUCCGGCGUGGUUCCAGAGCACUCAGCGGUUGAAGCACUUGGAGAGGACGACCAAAGGCCGGGUCGUUCCAGGCCAUGACAAAGAAACAUAUGAGAACUUGAUCGCCAAUGGCAGGUCAUAUACCUGA